UAUUGGACGAGGCAACUUUUGACUUUCAUCCGAAAGCGAUCCAAUUUUUCCUCAAAUAUUCGCUGUUUUCUGCGCGCAAAUGGCUUCUUCUGAUGUGGUUCGACAGAUGGACAAGAACGCCCGUCCUCUGGCUCUAUCGGGACAUGUUGGGUUCGACAGUCUGCCGGAUCAACUCGUCAACAAGUCCACUAGUCAGGGAUUCUGCUUCAACAUCUUGUGCAUCGGAGAAACUGGGAUCGGUAAAUCCACGCUGAUGGACACUCUUUUCAACACCAAUUUUGAGAAUUUCGAGUCGUCCCAUUUUGAGCCGAAGGUGAAGUUGCGAGCGCAGACGUACGAUCUUCAGGAGAGCAACGUUCGUCUGAAGCUCACCGUGGUUAAUACUGUCGGCUUCGGCGAUCAGAUGAACAAACAACAGAGUUACCAGCACAUAGUGGAUUACAUCGACACACAGUUCGAGUCGUACUUACAGGAGGAGCUGAAGAUCAAGCGCUCGCUUCAUAACUACCACGACUCCAGGAUCCACGCGUGUCUGUACUUCAUCGCUCCGUCCGGACACUCGCUCAAAUCCCUAGACCUGGUCACUAUGAAGAAACUGGACAGCAAGGUCAACAUCAUCCCCGUCAUCGCUAAAGCCGACACCAUCUCCAAGAGCGAGCUGCACAAGUUCAAGAUCAAGAUCAUGAGCGAGCUGGUGAGCAACGGCGUGCAGAUCUACCAGUUUCCCAUCGACGACGAGACCGUGGCCAAGAUCAACACCGCCAUGAACGGCCAUCUUCCGUUCGCUGUGGUGGGCAGUACAGAGGAGGUGAGCAUCGGCAACAAGAUGGUGAAGGCGAGGCAGUAUCCCUGGGGCGUUGUGCAGGUGGAGAACGAGAACCACUGCGACUUCGUGAAGCUGCGCGAGAUGCUGAUCUGCGUGAACAUGGAGGAUCUGCGCGAGCAGACGCACACGCGGCACUACGAGCUCUACAGACGCUGCAAGCUGGAGGAGAUGGGCUUCAGAGACACCGACCCCGAUUGCAAGCCUGUCAGUCUUCAGCAGACGUACGAGGAGAAGCGGCAGGAGUUUGUGGGCGAGCUGCAGAGACGAGAGGAGGAGAUGCGACAGACGUUUGUGCAGAGAGUCAAAGAGAAAGAGGCCGAGCUGAAGGACGCAGAGCGAGAGCUGCAGGGCAAGUUCGAGCAGCUGAAGCGAAUGCAUGCGGAGGAGAAGAGCAAGCUGGAGGAGAAGCGCCGGAGCCUGGAGGAGGACAUGAGCGUCUUCAGCAAGCGCAGAGCUGCCAGCGAGCUCCUGCAGGCGCAGGCCUUCAACACCAGCUCCAACAACAAGAAGGACAAAGACCGCAAGAACUCUGGGUUCAUGUGAAGGCGAGGCAGAAACACACAGCAGUGUUAGAAAUCUACAUCGCACCAGCAUUACGGUACUGAAUCACGGACACCUUUGAAGAACAGCACACCACUUCACUUUGGGGCCUAAAAACAAAUCAUUUCUUAUGAGCACGAUGCAGAUGUUUAUCACAGAAUAUGCUCGUUUGAGAACAUGUUAAUCUACUAUUUUUACUGGUAAGCGUAUGAUUAUUCUGCUGGGGACUUGUGUUUUUAUGGUUGUGGGGGGCUAAAAACAUUAAUCAGAAAUAUACUAUAGUAGUUUACCACAAAUGUUUACCUUGCAUUUAUUUUCCACAUUUUAUACUCGUGUAUUUAAACAGUGUUAUUUCGGGUGAUGUUUUAACCAAAUAAACUUGUAUUUUUCUGCAAA